GAUACUCGGAUGGAACAGUGGCCUCGCCAAACAAGGGGACGAAAAGGGGAGGACUCCACUCCAUUUCGCCGCAUCCACCAAUCGUUUAUCGAUGCGGGCUAUGGUUAAGCUCCUACUGGAGCACGACAGAUCCUGUGUGUAUCAGCCUGACGACGAGGGAUCAUACCCGAUACAUGUGGCUGCUGCAUUGGGCGGUGUAGCCGGAUUAUUUGCCGUGAGGUUGAUGAUCGAAUUCUGCCCCGAUUCCGCGGGUUUGCGAGACGGCACGGGCCGGAGUUUCCUCCAUGUGGCCGUCGACAACCUGUGUCCGUCAGUGGUCGCGUUGGCUCGUUUCUCACCUGGGUUACGAUCCGCCGUCAUGAACAUGCAGGAUGGAAACGGCAACACCGCGCUGCAUCAGGCCGUCCAUGUUUGUGACAUAAUGAUCUUCUUCUUCCUACUGAUUGACAGGCGGGUGCUGCUAGAUGUGAAAAAUAACAUGGGGUAUACUCCGGUUGAUCUUGCACGCUUUAAGAACCAUCUGAAAGGUCUGAAUUAUCCCGUGAAUCCACAGUGUAUGAUGUCUUCGUCCCUGACCCAUACGGCCGGCAACCAUCCAUCGGGUGACAACCCAACCGACAGCUUAAACGAAAAGCGAGUUGAGAAGGAGGAGAGGGGGGAGCUUUCCACGAUAUACAAAGACGCAGCUCAGAACCUGACCAUCGGCGCGGUGCUCAUCGUCACCGUGACCUUCGCCGCAACGUUCACGAUGCCCGGAGGCUACGUAUCCUCCUCCGACGACGACGGCGAACGCCGCGGAACGCCGACCUUGGCCGGCACCUGCGCCUUCGACGCGUUCGUCGUCGCCAACACGCUCGCCUUCAUGCUCUCCGGGAUGGCCACCUUCAGCCUGAUGUACGCCGGCUACACGCCGCUCGACUUCGCCUUCCGCGAGCGCUGCGUGAAGCUCUCCAUGGGCCUCCUGCACAGCAGCGUCAGGUCCGUGGGCGCCGCCUUCCUGACGGCGACGUACGUGAUGCUGGCACGGGUCGCCCCUAAGCUCGUCAUCGCUGUCUACGCCGCCGCUGCCGUUGGUCUGGUCUACAUAAAUUUCGAGGUUUGGAUGCUUGGCUGGAUGACGCUCGCGCUGCUGUCUAGAGGGGACAUUUUGGCGGCGCUAAUCGUCGGCCUGCAAACCGUCGCGGUGGCGUUUUGGUUUUCUUGGCCCUUUGCAGUAAUCUUCGUUUUGCCACUGAUUCUUAAGGGCCACUGAUGCUAAAGGGCCACACUGAACAAAAGCGUACUACCUCUAUCCCUGAUAGAGUGGUCCAAUAUAAAAUGACACUGUAAGUAUCUGCAUGCUGCCGGUGAAGAAAAAAACAAUGUCUUUGUUGGAGUGAUUAAUCUGAAUAUUUGCUUUUCUUCUGAUCCUUUACUUAA